AUGGGCGACGACGCACCCGCGCAGUUCAUGCCGCGCUUCCGCACCGACGUGUACCCCUUCAUCCACCCAGCCAAGUUCAAGGGCGCGCUCAAGGACAAGGUCACAAUAAUCACAGGCGCGGCCGGGGCCAUCGGGCAGGGCCUGGCCGAGUCGUUUGCCGUGGCGGGCGCGGCGCUGGUCCUGACGUACAACAACACGCCCCCGCCGCCGGGGUUCAAGGACCGGUGCCUCGGCCUGGGCGCCGCCGCCGCCACCUUUGUCAGGUGCAAUGUUGCCGAGCUCAAGGGCUGCGAGGACCUUGUGCGGCAGACCAUCGAAGCCCACGGCAGGGUCGACAUCCUCAUCAACAAUGCCGGGGCUAACGGCCUGGGACCGCUCGACGCGCAGGACCCGCGCGACUUCAUCCGCGACAUCGCGGUCAACUUCCACGGGCCGUACUUUCUGAUGCGGCUGGUGCUGCCGGGGUUCCGGGCGCAGGGCAGCGGGUGCGUGCUCAACAUCGCGUCGCGCGCGGGCACCGUGGCGAUCCCGUAUAGCACGUCGUACUGCGCUAGCAAGGCGGCGUUGAUCAACCUGACGGGCUGCGUGCAGAAGGAGAUGGACGCCGAGGCGCUCGACGGCAUCCACCUGUACUCGCUGCACCCGGGCGGCAUCAAGUCGGCUAUGACGCUCAAGAAGUACGGCGACGAGUCGGUCGGCAACCUGCCGCCCCAGGCGCGCGGGUGGUUCGCGAAGGCGCUCGACAUCUACAACGACUCGCCCUACCUCAACGGCAUGGUGUGCGUGGCGCUGGCGACGGGCCUGGCUAGGACCGCCCUGCGCGGUAAGUACAUCGACGUUGGCCAGGACCUCGAGGACGUGCUGGCCCAGGCCGCCGCCAUCGCCCAGAACCCAGAGCUAUACUCGCUGCACACGUCCUUCCUCGGCGGCCUGCCUAACGGCGGGAUACCCCCGGGCGGCUACACGACGGCCGAGAAGCCGUUUGAGUUUCCGGGGUUCUAG